UGAAAUACGAGGGGUGCGCGCGAUACGCUCACAUGAAUAAGAACAACCACGGGAUAGCGUCUUGUUCGCUAGUAUUCCAACAUGGAGAACACUUAUUCACAAUGGAAUGUUUCCGAAUCUUGCACAAGUGCCCUCUGCAUUUCUCAGGUGUCUAUAGUCUGUUUUAUUGCGGUCGUUUCUUUGGCGGGAAAUCUGGGAAUCUUAGUGACACUACUGUCCACACCAUCACUAAGGAACUCUCACGGUUACCUCCUGACGUCGUUAGCGGUAGCCGACUUUGGCGUUGGACUGGUUGCCGCCUCGGCUGUUUACCCCUCGGUGACUCACGUCUGGCCCUAUGGGAACGCCGCCUGCAAAAUCACCGCUUACUUUGAGGCAGUUUUCACCCUAGCCUCCUCUCUGUCGUUGAUAAUGCUGAGUAUCGAACGAUACAUCGCCGUUGCCCAUCCCUUCAAAUAUGUCCAUCUUGUGACAAAGCGAAAUACUGUGAUCAGCACCAUAACUGUCUGCUGGGCGCUUCCUGUAACAUUUUAUGCGGGUUUCAUCUUGGUGCAGUCACAUUAUCAAUUUACACAAGAUGCCUGGGUCUGCACUCCGGCAUACGGUGAUCGUUUCUUCUACACACUGGCUGGACUUUUGGUUUUCUUCUUCCCAAGUUUGCUAAUCAUCGGCAUCACGUCAGUCAUUGUGCAUCGGACUCUGUCACAGAAUGCCCAGCACCGAGAAUCGAUGCUAGCCAUGGUGAUGUCACCAUCAUCAUCACCAUCGUCACCACCGUCAUCACCACCAUCAUCAGAGAGCGAUUCUCUGCAGCCACGGCUUUCAAGACGGGAGGUGAAAAUGUUCCGUCUGGUCCGGGCCGUGGCACUGGCGUUUUACAUCUGCUGGGUGCCGAACGUGGCAGUAGGACUAGGAUACUUGGCAGCCGGUCAGCGCUCCCCGUCCAAUCUGGUGUUCUUCUUGUAUUGGCUCCACCUGUCCAGCGGCCUCUGUAACUUUGUCAUCUAUUUCGUUAUGAAUACAAACUUUAGGAAGGCUAUCACUGAGAAAGUAGGAGUGUGUUGCCACCUUUGUUGCAAAAAAAGACGCCAGAGUUACACCGUGGAAAACCGUGAGCGUCAGUGAGAAAACACAAUGUCAGUUUAUAGUCAUAAAGGAUAAAUAUAGGUUAUAUGAAUAGCUUUUGAGGUUUUUGAAAUCCCGGUCUAAGAAUUAAUUUAUGACACACUGUAGUAUUAAGCAAACAACUUGGCUGGACUUUUUUCUAUCAAUAUAGGUGGAUAUCUCAUCAGUGAACGUGGACAGUAAUGUUGUUUGUUGUUGUUUGUUUUUUUGAAAAACUUCCAAUUUCAUUUUUCCUAUACGGA